AAAAAAAAAAAAAAAGCCAGCAAAGAAAGAAAAGAACAUCUUCUUCCACAAAAGCGAGAGAGCAAGAGAGAGGGAGAGAGAGCGAGAGAGGGUAGUUUGGUUCCUGAGAAUCCAUCCAUCCAUCCAGCUCCUCCUACCAUUCGAUUCCUUCCAUUUCAUCUCCCUCUCCAUCUUUCCCAUCUCUCAAUAUUUCCUUUAAAAACCAAACCAAAGAGAAGAAGAAGCUUGCAAAAAAAAAACUCAAAAGUUCAAAUUUUUUAGCAUAAAUUUAAGAUUUUGAAAAGUGGGUAUUGGUUUUGGUGGGUUAGUUUGUGAGAGGAAGAUGGACUUGGACAGCAUCGAGUGCGUUUCAUCAUCGGAUUUGGACGAGGAUGAGAUCCACCAUCAUCAACAUCCACACCAACAACUUCAACACCCACAUCACCACGUUCUUCAUCCUCAUCUCCACUCUGAAUUCUCUUCCUCAAACAACAAGUCCCGCAAUGCCAGCAACAACGUUGUUAACGGCAACAACAACAACGCCAACAAUAUUGUGGGCCCAACAGCUAUUACUCCCGCCACCAGCGUCCACGAGCUCCUAGAAUGCCCUGUCUGCACCAAUUCCAUGUACCCUCCAAUCCACCAGUGCCACAAUGGACAUACAUUGUGUUCUACCUGUAAAACGAGGGUACAAAACCGAUGCCCCACUUGUAGACAAGAGCUUGGAGAUAUUAGGUGUUUGGCCUUGGAGAAGGUGGCUGAGUCACUUGAACUGCCCUGCAAGUAUUACUCCUUGGGAUGCCCAGAAAUAUUUCCAUACUACAGUAAGCUUAAACAUGAGGCAACAUGCAACUUCAGACCAUAUAAUUGUCCGUAUGCCGGAUCAGAGUGCUCUGUUGUUGGGGAUAUCCCUUUCCUGGUUGCCCAUCUGAGGGAUGAUCACAAGGUGGACAUGCACACAGGAUGCACAUUUAACCAUCGCUACGUGAAGUCUAAUCCCCGGGAAGUUGAAAAUGCCACUUGGAUGCUGACAGUAUUUCAUUGUUUUGGUCAAUACUUCUGCCUUCACUUUGAAGCUUUCCAGCUUGGCAUGGCCCCUGUUUACAUGGCAUUCCUCCGUUUCAUGGGUGACGAGAAUGAAGCUCGGAACUAUAGUUAUAGCCUUGAGGUCGGGGCAAAUGGGAGGAAACUCAUAUGGGAGGGUACCCCACGAAGUAUUCGAGAUAGCCACAAGAAGGUCAGGGACAGCCAUGAUGGUCUCAUUAUCCAACGAAACAUGGCUCUCUUCUUCUCAGGUGGGGAUAGAAAAGAGCUGAAGCUGAGAGUUACUGGGAGGAUAUGGAAGGAGCAACAGAAUCCAGAUGCUGGGGUAUGCAUACCAAACCUCUGUAGCUGAGAAAGAUGUUUUUGAAUACAUAUUUAAGGGUUAUGUUUGGGACACAAAUUGUGUGUUGUAUUAUUCAAUUUUUCUGGUAUGUUAUAAUGUAUGAAAGUAUCGAGGACUUCUAGUGUUCAGAUUCUUCCAAUUGUAUAAUAAGCAAGCUCGUUCUCCUUCA